AUGCUGAUUAACAAAAUUGAAGAUGCCCUGAUGCAUCUUUCCCGUUACACCCUCGGAAAAACGUUUCCGGAUUACUGCGACCUGCGCACGGUUAUCGGCCUGACGGCGGAUGAUAAGGUGCGGCACCCUUCGCUGGAUGCCCCCUAUAUUCAGGUCACCCGGAAUAACGAUUAUGUCACCUGCUUUGAAAUCAAGGGGGCUUUCCGUGAAUUCAGUUUUCACGAGGUGCCGGAAGGCACUGAACCGGAGCCGGGCACCUUUCAGUUCUUUAUCCGGCGACUGAGUGAAUCACUGAGUGGCGAGUUCCGGCAGACGGGCCAUAAACUCAGUGUCAUUUUUGAGUCCGAUCCCCUGCGGGGCGCGGAAGAAACAGAACGACUGCUGACGCCCAAAAAACAGGCCUGUCAGCGCCUGCAUCUGGCGCUUGACGACCUGAUUGACGAGGAAAUGCAGAAAAUUUCCCCCUACGUGGCCCGGGAGCGCGUUCUGCUGGUUGUCUAUACCGCCUUUGCCUCACUGCCACCGGAAGAACGCAGGGCUGAGAUCAGACGUCAGAAUGAAGCAACUCAGCCCCCGGAAGCGCGUUUUGGUCAGCUACCACUGUACGCCAUGUUUGAAGGUCUCAAAAUGCGCCACGAUGCCUUCAUUGAUAAACUGGCGGCUGACAUUGCGGACAAUAAUGACGGCGUUCUGCUCCGUAUGAUGGAUGCCCAUGAAACCGGGCAGGUGAUCCGCGACGAAAUUGAACGCAACAGCACGUCAACGGCGUGGCAGCCCCUGCUCCCCGGCGAUCGCGUCCUGCCUCACGGACGUCUGCGGGAGAACGAUAUCAGCGCCUGCCUGGCACCGCAUCUGAACUUCCAGUACUGCAACAGUAACGUGGAGACGGACGGUGAGGCCGUCAGGGUUGACGAUAUCUGGCACGGGCAACUGGCCAUGACGCUGGCGCCGCAACGCCCGCAGACUUUCCCGGAACUGUUCCGGACGCUGCCCCGUCAGCUUCCCUGGCGGCUCCGCAUCGAUCUGAUGCCCGGUGGUCUCCAUCAGCUGGGCAGAAAAAUGUCGUUGCUGAUGUUUCUGGCCAUAUUUCCCUCCCUGCGCCCGCAGUAUGAAUCCGUGAAAUGGCUGCUGGACAGGGACCGUAUUGAUCCGGUCGUGGUCAUGAGCAUCACGGCCAGCACCUGGCACAGGGAUAAAUCCCGGAUGCAGCGCAACCUGACGCUGCUGAAAAAAUCCCUGCAGGGCUGGGGCAUUACAGACGUGACCGGCAUCUUCGGUGAUCCCAUCCGUGCCUGGGUUUCCACCCUGCCGGCGGUAUCCAGUUACAGUGGCCCGAACCUGCUGUUUGCCCCGCUGACCGAAGCCCUGCGUUUUCUUCCCCUGCAGCGUCCCUGCAGCCCGUGGGAAAAGGGCAAUUUUGUGGUCAUCACACCGGACGGCAAGCCCUUUGUGAUACAGCUGGCCAGCUCACUGCAGGAAAAACACACGGAAAUGAUUUUUGGCUCCCCCGGCACCGGGAAAUCCGUGCUGGCCAACAGUAUUCAACUGGCCAUGCUGGCAAACAGCAACACCGAUCUGCCCUUUAUGGCCUUUAUCGACAAAGGCUUUACCGCCCAGGGGGUUUAUGAACUCAUCCGGGACGCCCUGCCACCGGAACAGCGUCACAAAGUACUGAGUAUCGUCCUGCAGAAUGACGACCAUCACUGUCGUAACCCGAUGGAUAUCCAGCUGGGCCUGAAAGCCCCACUCAGUACCGAACGGGAGUAUAUUCUCAACCUGCUGAAAAGCCUGUGUGCCGAUCCCCUCACCGGUCUGCCGCCGGAUGCCUCCACCAGUGCAGAUAUUCUGGGCCGGGCGGUGGACAUGGCCUAUCAGGAAAAAGCGGAACGCCCCACACGGUAUGGUCCGGGUCUGGUGCCGGACGUGGAUGCGGCCCUUCAGGAAGCCGACAUCUUCAGCCGCCACCCGCCGGAAUGGUGGGAAACGGCCACCUGGUACGAAAUCCGUGACCUGCUGUUUGACAGCGGUUUUGUCAAAGAGGCGGCACAGGCGCAGGCACAGGCCGUUCCGCUGCUGAAUGACCUGCAGAACGAGCUCAACAACCCGGUCCUGCGGAGUGAAUUUGAAAAAGUCACCCGCCCCGGCAGUCAGGAUCCUUUGCUGGACUACAUAUCCCGGUGUCUGACCCGUGCCCUGACCGAUUACCCGAUGCUUUCUGGUCGCACCCAACUGGUGGUCAACCCGGAAACCCGCAUCAUUGUGGUUGACGUCAAUAACGUUGCCGGCAACAGCAAAACCCCGGAAGGAAAACUGCGCACCGGCAUCAUGUACCAGUUUGCCCGUCAGCUGGCCGGCGGUAACGACUUUUAUCUUCCGCAGAUCCAGAGCGAACUGUAUGCCAGUCUGGAUCCCCGCUACAUUCCGUUACACCGCCAGCGCAUCGAGCAACUGGACCAGGAAACCAAAACCAUCUUUAUGGAUGAAAUGCAUAACAUCAAAGGGAUCCAGAUCCUGUGGGAAGCCCUGCAGACAGAGGACAGGGAGCAGCGUAAAUUCGGCGUCCGGACGGUUUUCGCCUCACAGUAUCCGGAUGACGUACCGGAAGACAUGCUGAGAUCGGCAAACUCCGUUUACCUGAUGCGCGUCAGGCCCCGGGAUUUUGAGCUGCUGGAGAAAAACUUCUCCGUGCCCCGCGUCACCCUGAACAGAAUGCUGAAAACGCCCGCAGGCCCGGCCCCGGACGGUUCCGGCACCACAUUCCUGGGCAUCUUCAGGACGCAACGCGGGAACGUGGCGCAGAUACUUCGCUUACCGGUCGGCCCCCUGAAACUGUGGGCACUGAACAGUACACCGGAGAACAGGGCACUGCGUAAUCUGCUGACGCAGAAGCUGGGUUCCGCGCCCGCCCGCAGACUGCUGGCCACGCAUUUUCCGCAGGGCAGCGCCAGCGCCCAUAUCGACAACCUCAAAUCACAGAGCCGUGAUGAUGACCACACCAGCGCCGUCAACAAACUGGCCGCUGAGCUUAUCGCCCGCCACGGUUAUCUGCAGGGCUGA